UGGGUGCAAUCCUAAAGUACAUGAGAGCACAUCUGGAAAACCUGCUGACAUACAUGAGGUUGAUAUUGACUCACAAACUAUGUCUGACCAGAAACCACUGGCAGACCACACUCAAUCUGGAUGCAAGCCCGAGAGUCCCGCAGUAGAAACUGCAAGAAAGACGACAAAGCCUAGAGUCCCACUCCAGACUUCGACAUACCUCCCUCUCAAUAAGUCUAAUAAGCAACAUGUCAGUCUAAAAAAAGACAAUGCAUGGGUAAAAAACCAUAUUCCCAAAAAAGUCAUCCAUCAUGUGAAUGGGAACACCCCUUCCCGAACUAGGAGUAAUAUACCUAGCAACGCACAUAACUUGGGAAUGCAACGUAGAACGGAUCAUCAGGAUAUAAGGAGCACUAAACGGGGCUCAUAUAGGCACCAUAUUAAUGCAUAUUCUUGUCCAAACUCUCACACUAUCUAUGUUGAACCUCAGCAACAUAAUGAGUAUAGAUCGACACAUGACCCUCUCAAUAACUUCACUCACACAUGUGAUGUGAGCCAAUAUGCAUACGACUAUGAAAGACCCAUGAGGUACAACUACCAAGGUAAUCUUAACACAGGGUACCUAGGUCAAGCAAACUAUAUAUCACCAGUAAAUGAACGCAGAUGCCCACCCAUGGAUGCUAAAAGUCAAAACAUGCAACAGGAUUAUUUUCGGAUGCAGCAAACAAUAGCCCCACUCGCUGCACAAUUCAUCCAGGAAAUAGUACACACACUGACUCUGUCUCACCUCAGAGCCCCU